AUGUCUGGAGAGGCAGCUGUGUCUAUGUGUGACCUUGAAUUUGGCAGUGGCACAGCCGAGGAACCGGGCAUGGGGUCCGGGUGCCGGGGGUUCUGGUACGAGCGGCUGGUGCAGCCCUGCCUGGUCGAACUGCUGGGCUCUGCCCUCUUCAUCUUCAUCGGCUGCCUGUCGGUCAUCGAGAAUGGCCCGGAAACCGGGCUGCUGCAGCCGGCGCUGGCCCACGGGCUGGCCCUGGGUCUCAUCAUCGCCUCGCUGGGGAAUAUCAGUGGUGGCCACCUGAACCCUGCCGUGUCCCUGGCGGCCGUGCUGGUCGGAGGCCUUCACCCGAUGCUGCUGCUUCCGUACUGCAUCUGCCAGCUCUGCGGGGGGCUCGUCGGGGCUGCCCUGGCCAAGGCUGUGAGUCCCCAGGAAAGGUUCUGGAAUGCGUCGGGGGCGGCCUUCGUGACUGUCCAGGAGCCGGGGCAGGUGGCCGGGGCGGUGGUGGCAGAGGUCGUCCUGACCACACUGCUGGUGCUGGCUGUCUGCAUGGGCACCGUCAACAAGAAGACGCAGAGCCCUCUGGCUCCGUUCUCCAUCGGCUUGACCGUCACCGUGGACAUCCUGGCAGGGGGAGCCGUGUCUGGAGCCUGUAUGAACCCGUCCCGGGCCUUCGGACCCGCCGUGAUGACCGGCCACUGGACCUUCCACUGGAUCUACUGGCUCGGCCCACUCCUGGCCAGCCUGCUCGUUGGCGCGCUCGUCAGGUUAUUCAUUGGAGAUGGGAAGACGCGCCUCAUCCUGAAGGAACAGUGAUGCCGAGGGUGGACUUCCGCUGCCCGGUGCCCUCAGCGGGCCCGGCCUGGAUGGCGGCAGGGCAGCUGCGUUUCCCGUGGGGCAGAGGCCCAGAGCAGCGGCCCACCUGCUGCCCUGACUUACCUGGGCCCGGCCGCGCAGACGGACAGACGCUGCUGAGUCCUGAGG